AUGCCAUGGAUUGAAAUUGCUUGGAUACAUAAAAAGGCAUCAAGUAAAUCUGGUACGAACAUUCAUUUACUUAUUAUUAUUAUUAUUACUAUUAUAUUAUUAUUACUAAUAUUAUUAUUAUUAUAUAUUAUUACUAUUACUACUACUACUACUACUACUACUACUACUACUACUACUACUACUACUACUACUACUACUACUACUACUACUACUACUACUACUACUACUACUACUACUACUACUACUACUACUACUACUACUACUACUACUACUACUACUACUACUACUACUACUACUACUACUACUACUACUACUACUACUACUACUACUACUACUACUACUACUACUACUACUACUACUACUACUACUACUACUACUACUACUACUACUACUACUACUACUACUACUACUACUACUACUACUACUACUACUACUACUACUACUACUACUACUACUACUACUACUACUACUACUACUACUACUACUACUACUACUACUACUACUACUACUACUACUACUACUACUACUACUACUACUACUACUACUACUACUACUACUACUACUACUACUACUACUACUACUACUACUACUACUACUACUACUACUACUACUACUACUACUACUACUACUACUACUACUACUACUACUACUACUACUACUACUACUACUACUACUACUACUACUACUACUACUACUACUACUACUACUACUACUACUACUACUACUACUACUACUACUACUACUACUACUACUACUACUACUACUACUACUACUACUACUACUACUACUACUACUACUACUACUACUACUACUACUACUACUACUACUACUACUACUACUACUACUACUACUACUACUACUACUACUACUACUACUACUACUACUACUACUACUACUACUACUACUACUACUACUACUACUACUACUACUACUACUACUACUACUACUACUACUACUACUACUACUACUACUACUACUACUACUACUACUACUACUACUACUACUACUACUACUACUACUACUACUACUACUACUACUACUACUACUACUACUACUACUACUACUACUACUACUACUACUACUACUACUACUACUACUACUACUACUACUACUACUACUACUACUACUACUACUACUACUACUACUACUACUACUACUACUACUACUACUACUACUACUACUACUACUACUACUACUACUACUACUACUACUACUACUACUACUACUACUACUACUACUACUACUACUACUACUACUACUACUACUACUACUACUACUACUACUACUACUACUACUACUACUACUACUACUACUACUACUACUACUACUACUACUACUACUACUACUACUACUACUACUACUACUACUACUACUACUACUACUACUACUACUACUACUACUACUACUACUACUACUACUACUACUACUACUACUACUACUACUACUACUACUACUACUACUACUACUACUACUACUACUACUACUACUACUACUACUACUACUACUACUACUACUACUACUACUACUACUACUACUACUACUACUACUACUACUACUACUACUACUACUACUACUACUACUACUACUACUACUACUACUACUACUACUACUACUACUACUACUACUACUACUACUACUACUACUACUACUACUACUACUACUACUACUACUACUACUACUACUACUACUACUACUACUACUACUACUACUACUACUACUACUACUACUACUACUACUACUACUACUACUACUACUACUACUACUACUACUACUACUACUACUACUACUACUACUACUACUACUACUACUACUACUACUACUACUACUACUACUACUACUACUACUACUACUACUACUACUACUACUACUACUACUACUACUACUACUACUACUACUACUACUACUACUACUACUACUACUACUACUACUACUACUACUACUACUACUACUACUACUACUACUACUACUACUACUACUACUACUACUACUACUACUACUACUACUACUACUACUACUACUACUACUACUACUACUACUACUACUACUACUACUACUACUACUACUACUACUACUACUACUACUACUACUACUACUACUACUACUACUACUACUACUACUACUACUACUACUACUACUACUACUACUACUACUACUACUACUACUACUACUACUACUACUACUACUACUACUACUACUACUACUACUACUACUACUACUACUACUACUACUACUACUACUACUACUACUACUACUACUACUACUACUACUACUACUACUACUACUACUACUACUACUACUACUACUACUACUACUACUACUACUACUACUACUACUACUACUACUACUACUACUACUACUACUACUACUACUACUACUACUACUACUACUACUACUACUACUACUACUACUACUACUACUACUACUACUACUACUACUACUACUACUACUACUACUACUACUACUACUACUACUACUACUACUACUACUACUACUACUACUACUACUACUACUACUACUACUACUACUACUACUACUACUACUACUACUACUACUACUACUACUACUACUACUACUACUACUACUACUACUACUACUACUACUACUACUACUACUACUACUACUACUACUACUACUACUACUACUACUACUACUACUACUACUACUACUACUACUACUACUACUACUACUACUACUACUACUACUACUACUACUACUACUACUACUACUACUACUACUACUACUACUACUACUACUACUACUACUACUACUACUACUACUACUACUACUACUGCUAUUAUUAUUAUGCUUAUUAUUAUUAUUAUUAUUAUUAUUAUUAUUAUUAUUAUUAUUAUUAUAUUAUUAUUAUUAUUAUUAUUAUUAUCUAAUAACGCUGAUUCUACAAAGUUACCAAAGUGA